CUUUCAUUCCUAGCUUAGUACUCAAUCUAUCUAUCACCAGAAGAAAGAGGAUAUCUCAUGCACCAAGAAAUUCACAAUGUCUUAAUCCUCUUUCUUUCGAAAGUGACAUCUUUUUUCUUUAUAUAAUCUCUCUGCACCAAAAUUCUUAGGAAAUCUCUAACACCAGAAAAUUCACAAAAACCCAAACGGGAAAGAAAUAAUCUUUUAUUUGAUCAUAUAACAGAAACGAGAGAGAGAUUGUUUGAAGACUCGCCACCUAAGAUUGCUGAUUGAUUAUGAUGAUGGCUAAGUUCACAGGGAAACCCUUGUUGCUCUCUCUCUAUUGAUAAAAAAAAGUUUUGUUAUUGUUAGUGUUAUUGUUAUAUAUAAUAAUAAUAAUAAUAAAUAGGUAUAAGCGGAGGCAAGAGAAUUUAUUAGGUAUGGCUUUUGAUCAUAAUCCAAUGCACAAUGAUUUGCGGCCAUUGAACAUUUGUAGGACGAUUCCAGAAGACCCGCGCAUUUCUUCAGCAAGGCCAAUGGAGGGGUUCUUUACUGCAACUCAGCAUCGGGAUGGCAGUCCCGGGUCCAUACCCAUGCUUUAUAUUCCUGGGAAUCCUGCAAAUGAUCCCAGAUUUGUGGGGCUAGGAUAUAACCACGGCCAUCCUGGUGUGGCCACGUGGGUCCAACAGGUUGUGCCGGCAGCACCCUCAGGGGUAGUCCCCGGCACUCCUGGAUUCAAUCCCAAUCCCAAUUCAAAUUUUGGGGCACAUUGUGGGAGUGAUCAUACCAGUGAGGAAGGUGGCGAAGAUUCCGCACCCGGUAGGAAAGUGAAGUUUUUGUGUAGUUUUGGUGGCAAAAUAUUGCCAAGGCCGAGUGAUGGGGCGUUGAGAUAUGUUGGAGGGCAAACUAGGAUCCUCAGCAUUAGGAGGGAUGUGAGUUUUCCUGAUUUGGUAAAGAAGGUGACAGAUACUUAUGGCCAAGAUGUGGCAAUCAAGUACCAGUUGCCUGAUGAGGAUCUUGAUGCCCUUGUGUCUAUUUCUUGUCCUGAUGAUCUUGAUAAUAUGAUGGAUGAGUAUCAAAAGUUGGCUGAAAGAUCAUCUGAUGGUUCAGCUAAACUCAGGAUGUUUCUGUUUCCAGCUUCGGAAAUGGAUUCCCCUUGUGUGAUGCAAUUUGGUGAUCUACAGGAUACUGGGCAGCGUUAUGUCGAUGCAGUAAAUGGAAUUACUGAUGGCGGCAUUGCGAGGUUUGGUAGUACUGCUAGUGCUGUUUCAACCCAGAACUCAGAUUUGAGCAGCAGCUGUGAGGUUCUUGAUUUCUCAUGCCAUGCUCAUUCAGAGAUCACAAGAUCACCAUCUACUGAUGCAAUAUCACCUACUGCAGUAUCAGCAUCUGCUAUUUCUCCUGACUCUUCUUCUAGAAUGGUUUACACAGAUACUACUCCUGCAAUUUAUGCCAACACAACUGCUGCUCCUGUUGGCAUUCCGAUGGUCAUGUCUGGUCCUCCGGGGACUGGAUUUGCUGCCCCCGAGCAUGCAUCCAAGAAAUCUGUGCCUGUUACUCUACUACAGCAGCAGCAGCAGCAGCAGCAACAGCAGCAACAGCAGCAGCAACAACAACCAGGCGUGACUUUUCCUCAAAGGGAAGCAUUAAGCCAUGCAGAUUAUGUACACUCCACUUCUCAGAUGAGCUUUCCUACACAGCUGAUGGGCACUAUUGGGCCAGUGUUUACGCAGCAGCAUAUAACUGCUGGUCCUACACCUCCGCAGUUUGUUCCUGCAGUUCACACAACAAUGACUUCUCAUGUCAGUAUGAAUCCUAAUUUGGUUCCGAGGUUUCAACCCCAACAAACUAGAUUAGAACAACAUCCUUCAGAUAGCCCAGUGGGGCAGCCGUUUGUCCAGUUUAGUCGGGAUCAAGGGUGCAACACCUGUCAGCCUCAGCUCCCUGCUACAAUGUUUAGUGGUGCAUAUGGCUGGCAUCAGAUUCCUCAUCCCCAACAGGUAGCAGUUUCUGAUGGUUGGGCGGCUCAUCCAGUAACAACUGCACCAGAGGUAGCCACUAGAUUUGAUGAUUGUCACAUGUGUCAAAAAUCAUUGCCUCAUGCCCAUUCGGAUGCAGCAUCACAAAACAAAAGUGGUAGCCCUGUGAACAGCAUAUCUGAUUCGAGUUCAGGACACAACCUUGAACUGCCUACGGCUGUCACAUGUGGACCUAUAUUGGAGUGCACCAGUGAACAAGGAGCUGCUGUUCCACAAAGAUUCAUUGGCCAUAUGGAUCGUGAAAUUGGACAAACUCUUGCAGAGGGAACUGGGGUCUUAGAGAGUGUUGAGAAUCCAGAGCAUCCUAAAGUAGCAGUCCCUUUGGGUGUGAUGGGAUUACCUACUGGUGUUCCUAAUCUGUGUGGGCCAUUUAUGGGUACUGUUGCUCAGUCAAGCUCGGUUAAUGCUCCUGAGCAACCUUUUGUUCCAAUGCAGUACCCGGUUAAACAGGAGGUGGUGGUUAACAAAGCAGUUCCUGAUGACCUCCUUUCUGCUGGGAUGCGUUUACCCACUACAGAAAACCUUAUCCUUGAAUCACCAAAUUGCUACACUGGGCACAUUCCUAUGAUGUGUCCUAAAGAAGAUAAUGUAGAGUCUACAAAUGCUUAUGAGCACCUGAAGCAAAUUGAGGGUAGGAUGGAAAACCUUAGGAUACAACGGGCUGAAAUACUAGCCAACAGUGAGCAGAAUAAGUCACUAGCUGAUAAUUUUAGAAAGAAUGGAUUCUUGGAAAGUAGAAGUCAACAGGUUGGUGGUAGGGAGGCAUCUAAUGAUUCCCCUUUUAGCAAAAAUACUGUUCUUGAUACAAAUCACCUAAAACCGUAUGAAAUGCCACAUAGUCCCCGAAAUGAACCUUUUCACUUUCAAACUAUUCGGGCUCAAGAACCAUAUGAAGCCCCACAGCCUUCUCGUUUAGGGGACUCCAAUGUAUUUGUGCAUUCGAAGCAGGGAGUUUAUCAUUUGGCCCCUGAUGAGAUUCCUCUUGGCAGCUGUCCUUUCUCUGGUCUUGAACCCACUCAUCCAAAAGAGAGAGUCCCAUUCUUCAAUGAACAUUUGUCAGAGCCCCGAGGUGUUGAGCUUAUCUCACCAGAUGGAAAUACAACAUCUGUAUCUCCAUCUUUUAAGUUUCGAGAUGCACAGGAAAGUUCAAAUUCACUAUUUAGCAAUCAGGAUCCUUGGAGUACGCAGCAUGAUGCUCAUUUCCCUCCUCAACCCAACAAACUUCAAGUGAGAAAGGAACCAGUGGAUGCCAAGGUCCUCAAGGAUAAUUCUGGUGUGAGUUUUCUAGGAAUUUCCCAGCUUCCUGGCAAUUUGGACUUUGCAAUUGAACACACACUCUCCAACAAAGGUUCAGCAGAGGAAAUUUUCAAGCAGGAAAUUCAGGCUGUUGCUGAAGGUUUAGCUACUUCUGUUCUUCAUUCAUCUAUGUCUUCUGACCAAAAUUUACCUAGAAGUGGGAGGAGUGAGUCUGCAUCCACAGGUGAGAGGAGUGGCGAAGAUCAGAUUGUUCAAGGAGAAAGGCAAUAUAGAGAGAAAUUUGAGGAAAUAAGAACAAAAUUUCCAGUGAGGGAAAAUUUCGGCUUUCCAGUUUCAGAUGACAUUGGGCGCUUACAGAUUAUAAAGAAUAGUGACCUUGAAGAGAUUCGAGAGUUGGGUUCUGGUACUUUUGGCACUGUGUAUCAUGGAAAGUGGAGGGGAACUGAUGUUGCAAUCAAACGAAUCAAUGCCAGGUGUUUUGCUGGAAAACAUUCAGAACAAGAGCGCAUGAGGAGUGACUUCUGGAAUGAAGCAAUCAAACUUGCAGACUUGCAUCAUCCAAAUGUUGUUGCGUUCUAUGGUGUUGUGCUUGAUGGACCUGGUGGUUCUGUGGCAACUGUUACAGAGUACAUGGUAAAUGGUUCUUUGAGGAUUGCUCUGCAGAAGAGUGAGAGGAACCUUUUUAAGUGGAAGUGUCUCCUGAUAUCAUUGGAUGUAGCCUUUGGAAUGGAGUACUUGCAUGGGAAGAAUAUAGUACACUUUGACUUGAAAAGUGAUAAUUUAUUGGUUAAUCUCCGUGAUCCACACAGACCAAUAUGCAAGGUUGGUGAUUUAGGGCUGUCGAAAGUGAAAUGCCAGACAUUAAUCUCAGGGGGUGUGCGAGGAACUCUCCCUUGGAUGGCACCAGAGCUUCUUAAUGGGAGCAGUAGCCUUGUCUGUGAGAAGGUUGAUGUAUUCUCAUUUGGAAUCGUAAUGUGGGAACUUCUAACUGGAGAAGAACCAUAUGCGGACUUGCACUAUGGGGCCAUAAUUGGUGGUAUAGUGAGCAACACAUUGCGGCCUCCUGUGCCAGAAUCAUGUGAUGCUGAUUGGAAAUCACUUAUGGAGAGAUGCUGGGCAGCAGAACCAUCAGAAAGGCCAAACUUCACUGAGAUUGCAAAUGAGCUGCGCUCAAUAUUAUCUAAGCUUCCUGGAAAAGAACAGCUGCCAUUCCCCUCAAAACAAACCCAAGUUAGGAGUAAAUGUUAA